UAUUACUUCAAUAAAAUAUGGCGACGAUCAGCUGUCUUCUGUCAUAAUGACAUUCAUAUUGAUAAGCAUAAGAUUAAAUUUUUUAGGAAUUAUUUAAAUAAGAUACAUUCGUAAACUACAAUAAUAAAGUGAAAUAGUUUUACGUUAUUAUAUUAUUUUUUGUAAAUACGAAAAAUUUACAAAAAAUAGAAAGCUAUUUACUGCUGUUCAUCUGAAGUAAGCGGCAAGUGAAUGCAGCUGCGUAAAAAAGCAAUAUGGUGACUAACGAAUUAAUCAAGUGUUGAGGAUAAUCAGAAUACAAAUGUUUAAUAAUAUUACCAACUUUUGCAAUGGAUGGUGGUGAAAUUGAGUGAUGAACUUAACGUGAUUAAAAGCCUUUCAGAGGCUAAAGGGAAGAAAACCAUGUGCGAUGUAUGUGUUGACUUUCACGAUCUUCUGCUCUCCUAUGAUGAAAGAUCAUCAAAGGAACAAGAUGGAUUGGGAUUACUUUGUAUUUCGGAUGUGGAUACAACAUUACAUUAUGUUAAUCAGUGGGUGCAAAGACAAUGCAUGUGCUGUUAUCGAGAAAUAAAAAAUUUUGAUCGAUUUAUAAGACUAACACAAAGUGUUGUAUUAUGUACAUUACAACAAUUACAAAUUAUACAACAAAAUGGUCAGCAAACAAAAGUAUUAUCCAAAGAUGAAAAAGAAGAAGAAAAAGCAGAUGAAAAUAAAAUAGAAAACUCUGAUUUUGCACAAACAGAAACACAAACAAAACAAAAUUGGUCUCAACAAGAUAGAGAAAAACUAUUCCAUCUUCUUUCAAAAAUAUUUUUAUUAAAUUUUCCUCUAUAUAUUGCAAUGAAACAUAGUGGUGCAAUUAAUCCAUUAGCUCCAGUAAAAGAUGAAGGAGGAUAUUGUGAACCUCAUGACCCAGAAGUGCCAGCUCCUUUAAUUAGAGCAGUUUCUAUAUUUUGUCAUCAAGGUGGUUUUAAUUUAAUGUCUGCUUGUUUUGAUAUGGAAAACACAUUACCUGUUAGUCUUGCUCAUUCAAUGGUUGCAGUGAUUUGUAAUUUAAAACUUUGGUUGAAUUAUGGUAGUGUUAUUCAGCUCUUUAUACCAUUACGUAGUCGUGUUAUGAAAUAUAUGUGUCGCUUAGCAGAUAAAGAAUUACGCACACCAGCAGUUAGAACAAUGGCAGAUUUCAUGUGGAGUGCAGUAAAGGAUCCUAUUGAUGCUGUUUUACCAAGUUUUGAUCGUGAUGGAUUGGAUUUAGCAUUUAAAUAUUUUACUAGUACAACUUUAACAAUGAGAUUAGCAGGAAUAGCUCAGAUAAAUGCUCAUAUUACUGCAUUCAAUGAACUUUGCAAUAGUGAAACUGUCGCUGAAGUGGAACAAGUGGGCCAUGCCUUAGCAGCUUGGUUAACAGAAAAUAAUAUAAUAGCUCAUAUAUUUGGACCAAAUUUGCAUGUAGAGGUUAUUAAACAAAGUCAUAUUGUACUAAGUUUCUUAGCUAUGGAAGGUAGAAUCACAUGUUCGGAUAUGGAUACUAUGUGGCAAGCUGCACAAUUAAAACACUGCGGUCGUCCAGUAUAUGAUUUAUUGGCACCCUUAGUAAAACAUUUGGCUCCAACUCCAGUUUUACAUUUAUACUCUUUGUUAGGAAAAUUGGAGCCAAAAGACCAUACAGAACAAAGUUUAUUCCUGGCAUCUGCUUUGAUAAAAUUUAUUUGGACAGCAGGUGGUUCAGGUUAUCCAAGAGGUUUAUCUAUAAAAAACAGAGAGAUUUUAAGAGGUAAUAAUGGCAUUGGUGGUAGUAGUACUAGUGAUCCUAGUGGAAUAGAUGGAAGCAGUCCAGAUGAGGAUGAAGAAGAACCUAGUCCUGCACCAUCAGAAGGACCAUCACCACGAAAACAAGCAAGAGGUGAUAGUAGUGAUGGGGAAGGUCCAUUUAAAGCAAAAAGUAUGGGCACAACAAUUGUACAAACAAGUUCAAACGAAGGAGAAGAUCCUACAAUAGAAAAAUCUGAAUGUUUUGCUGAAUCGAUAAAAGAUUCUACAUGUAAUAUACAAGAUGAUAUAAAAGAAAAACAGAGUGGAUCAGAUGCAGAAGCAGAUACAGAAAAAUCUAAUACAGAGGAAACAGUUGCAAUUGAGAAAAGAAAGAAAAAAGUAUUAAGAAAACGGAAAAAACCUCAAAAACGUUCAUUAGUUACUGUAGAUAAAACAUUAGAAGGUAUCGUUAAUGAAGAAAAUAACAUAAAGACUAAAGAUUUAAUGUUAGAUAUGAAAUAUAGGCCGGAAGAUGUUUUAAACAGUACUUUAGAUACUGGUGGAUUAGUUUCUAUUGAUGAUCCAAAAAAUGUUGAUGCAUUAGAUCGUGUAAAGCAACAAGCAAUGGCUUUAGAUCCAAGUGAUCAACAAGUUCCAACAACAGCAACACUUUUAAGAAGAGCUAAUAAAAAUAAAUAUAUGUCAUUAGUAGCACAUAAUGUAGAUCGAGCUCCUGAUUCUGCAGAUACUUCGCAUGAUGAAGAUGAUAGUGAUGUAGCUGGUGUUCUUGCAGCAGCAGAUGGACCUGGUGCUGUUAUAUCAGAACUUGCAGGUUUAGUACAUGCGACUGGACCUACAUUUUUACCUUCCGGAUUAGACGAAAUGCUUUCAGAUGAAGAAGGAUCUUAUAGUAGUAGAAUAUCUAAUAAAAGUGAAAAAAAUAUGGCAGAUUUUGAUGGAGAGGAAAGUGGUUGUGAAGAAGAAUUAGCUCAAUUAGCUGCACGUCAUUUAACAGCUAUACAAAUGCAAGCUUAUCAUCCUCAUCAUUCUCAUCCAACAAUGACAAUCAGACGCUCUGUUUGUCGUCCUCCACAAGUAAGAAGUAUUCGCCAAACAGUAACACGUGUUAGUUCUCAGUUCAACUUGGAUACUGUAUGUAAAGCUGGAAAUACAUUAUUGUGGGAUCUUUUACAAGAUGAUAAAAUUGGUCAAUUAGGAGAAGGUUUAGCUUUGGAAGCUGAAAAAGCUUUGUGUAAUCUUCUUUGUUUCAAUGUUGAUCGAUUGAUACCUAUGAAAUUUAUAGAAGGUUGUUUAGAAAAUCUUGCAACUAACCGUUCUGUAGUUGUAUCUUUAAGAUUAUUACCUAAAUUACUUGCCAGUUUUCAACAAUUUGGUGCAAUGGAUGCACAUACAAUAACAACAUGGGCUGAUCGUGAACGUGGAAUGAUGAAACACUUCUUUAAUAAUCUGAAAACAUAUACUAGUAUAGGGCCAAAAAAUAGUUUAUAUUCUCAUCAAACGGAAAUACAAGUUAGAUUACAAUUUUUAUCUUCUAUUUUUUCACCUUUAGGUUCACCUGAUUGUUUUCGUCUAAGUCUUGAACAGGUGGACAUAUUAUGGCAAUGUUUGUCACAAGAUUCUACGUGUGCAGAUGAAUUAUUUAGUUGGUUGCUUAGUCAAGCAAAAUCAACAGAACAACAUGCACUUGGAAUGGAUACACUUAAACAUUUAUGUAUGCGUAAAUUACCAAGUUUGCCACCUGAAACUAUUAGUAUGACAGGCCUCAGUCUUUUUCAACAAUUGUGUAAUUUAGCUCGUUUAGCUGCUGCACAUUUGGACAGACCUUUAAGAGAUGUGGAUUCAGUUGGUAUGGAUUUCUUGUGGAGAAUUGCAUUAAAAGCAAAAAGUACAGAUGUCAGUAUGGCAGCUAUACAAUACCUAAAUGGAUAUUACAUGUCUAGACAAUUAACUCAAGAAGCAGAAUUUGUUUCACAAUGUAUGACUCACCUUGCUGCAGCUAGUGCUGAUCUGGAAAUAAAUGAAGAAGCUAGUUUACGUUGUAUACAAAGAGCUUUGUUAUUAUUAAGAACACAUUUAGAAGCAUUCCGAAAACGGUAUGCAUAUCAUUUGCGACGUUGGAUACUAGAGGGUAGAGGUGCCGGUAGUCAUGUAGCUAUGAAUACUUCGGAAAAAGGUCAACAGUUAAGAAUAUUUGUACAGCCUGCAGGAAUUCCUGAAAAAACAAGUUUCACUCUUCUUAGUACUGAUUAUGUAGCUGAUUUAAGAGCUGAAGUUGCUAAGUGGUGGGAUGAUACUCAAAAUAAUCAAGAAAAAUCAUCAUCCAAUACAAAUGCGGGUCAAAAUAAUAGUUCAGUACUAGGUUCUUUACUUACUGAUGGUCCAAUUAGGAUGAUUACACAAGGUCAAGAAUUAACUAUUGAUUUUGAUGAAAAGACAUUGCAAGAAAUGGGAUUUAAAGAUGGUCAACUAGUAUUCAUUUCUCCUGGUGCUGGUCGAGGUAAUGGUACGGGUAGAUGUAAUAAACGAGAUGUGGAUUCACCAUCUCUUUUGCCACCACCUCCUCGAGAAUCUUUACCGACUUUAUUGUUAUUACGUCCACAAUAUUUUGAACAAUUAUUUACAUUAAUGAGAACUUUAAGUGCUAUGAAAACAAUUGUCAAAGGAGGACAGGAAAUUCCUCAUACAAAAGCCCAAGUACUUUCGAGAAGAGUUUGGGAUACAUUAACUUUACUACCAACUAGUCCAACCUUAUUAAGAGGAUUUCAAAAAUUGGGAGAAACAACCUUGCUAGAAUUAUUAGAUCCUGCUAGUCCUCAAAAACUAAUGUAUUCUUUAUAUAUAGUAGAAUCAUUAAGUAGACGUAGUACAACGAAUCAAUCUUCUGUUGUGAAUUGUACAUCUACUGCAUCUGGUAACGAAGGUGAUGUCGAUACAGACGAUACUCAUGAAGACAAAGAAAAAGAUAUUACUUGGUCCACAUUAUUUGUUCAACAUGGAGGUUUACGUCAUUUAUUUGAUAUUUUUAUGUCUGGUUGCUUGGAACAAGGUGAUGGUAGUGAAUGGCAGCAGGACUGUCUUGCUAGUUUAUUAAAACAACUCUGUUAUUUGGGUGUUGUUAAAGAAGAAAAAAAACGAAAUAAAGCAGAUAAAUUGCUUGUACCUAAAUUAAGCGAAGUGAUGCUUUCAAUGAUGAAUGUUGAAGCUGUUAUGUCUCGAAUAACAAGUAUAUUAAAUGAAGCAUCUUUACCAAGAGAUCCAAAUCAUUACAAAACAGGACUUUUUGGAAGAUCACAAGUUAUACAUUAUACUAUGGCUUUAUUGGUUUGUUGGGUACACAGUAAUGAAACAGUUAAGCAGUAUCUUUUUUCAUCUUCAGAACCAUUUGGAAAAACUUGGUUAAGAAGAUUAGUAUUGGAAGAUCCUGAACCAGCAGUGAGAAGAGAAGUUUGCACAGCCUUAUAUAAAUUAUGUUUAGGAACUACAGGAUUUGAAGAUGAAAAUUCUAUUAAUUCCAAUUUAAUUGUACCAAUGUUAAAUACUUUAUUGGAACACCUUGUAAUUGCUGAAGCAAUGCAACCUUCUCAUCGAAAACCAGAUUUACCAUUACAUUUACAUCCAGUACUUGAUGAUGGAAAAGAACCAUAUGGACCUGCUUGUAGAGAUUAUUUUUGGCUUGUUUGUCGAUUAGUUGAUUCUCUUCCAGAAGAAGCUAUUAAAGAAGGUUCAGAUGAUUCUAAUUUAACAAUAGAUCUUGAAGCUUUAGCAAUAAGAGUAAUUGAUUCACUUUUAAAUAGAGAUCAUCUUGAGACACGACACAAUACAGUAGAAGAUGAUGGUUUAGUUGGAUUAUUAAACCUUACUUGUAACAUUAUGACACAUAAUCCACCUUGUAAACAAGGGAAAAUUGGACAAAAUUUACUACAUGAAGUAUUCGAUUUUUUAUUUGCAUUGCCUAAUCCUCGAUCAAAACAUGUACCAAAAUGUAAAAGUCAAGUUUCCAGAUCAGCAGCUUUUGACCUUUUAGUCGAACUUGUAAAAUCUGCUCCAGAUAAUUAUAGAAUUCUUCAUGAAAAAUUACUAAUUCAACAUAAACCUGGUCCUCAUUCUCCAUAUCCAUGGGAUUAUUGGCCACAUGAAGAUGGACGUUCUGAUUGUGGAUAUGUUGGUUUAACUAAUUUAGGUGCUACUUGUUAUAUGGCUAGUUGUAUGCAACAUUUGUAUAUGAUGCCACAAGCACGUGUCUCUAUAUUAGGAGCUGAUUGUAAUAGAGCAAAUAAACACCAACUUACAUUAAGAGAAUUACAAAGAAUGUUUGCUUAUCUUCUAGAGUCUGAAAGAAAAGCAUAUAAUCCUCGAAGUUUUUGCCGAGUAUAUACCAUGAAUCAUGAACCUCUCAAUACUGGAGAACAAAAAGAUAUGGCUGAAUUUUUUAUAGACCUUGUAUCAAAAUUAGAAGAAAUGACAUCAGAUUUAAAAAAUUUAGUAAAAACAUUAUUUUGUGGUGUAAUAUCUAAUAAUGUUGUAUCAUUAGAUUGUGAACAUGUAAGUAGAACACUAGAAGAAUUUUAUACUGUACGUUGCCAAGUGGCUGAUAUGAGAAAUCUUUAUGAAAGUUUAGAUGAAGUUACAGUUAAAGAUACUUUGGAGGGUGAUAAUAUGUAUACAUGUUCACAAUGUGGUAAAAAAGCAAGAGCAGAAAAAAGAGCAUGUUUUAAAAAAUUACCACAUAUAUUGUGUUUUAAUACAAUGAGAUAUACAUUUAAUAUGGGAACUAUGUCAAAAGAAAAAGUAAAUACACAUUUUAGUUUUCCAUUAAGAUUAGAUAUGUCUGGAUAUGUCGAAAAAAAACUUAUACCACAACAUUAUCAAGAAGAAAAGAAAGCUUUUGAAAAAAGAAAAUCUGAAAGUGAUUGUCAAUCAGAAUUAAAUGAUGAUGAUGGUACAGAAAUGGAACAUUAUCAGUAUGAUUUAAUAGGUGUAACAGUUCAUACUGGUACAGCUGAUGGUGGACAUUAUUACAGUUUUAUUAGAGAUCGUACAUCUCCUAAUAAAGAUAAAUGGUUUUUAUUUAAUGAUGCAGAAGUUAAGCCAUUUGAUCCAAAUCAAAUAGCAGCAGAAUGUUUUGGUGGAGAAAUGACAAGUAAAACCUAUGAUUCUGUUACAGAUAAAUUUAUGGAUUUUAGUUUUGAAAAAACAAACUCAGCAUACAUGCUAUUUUAUGAAUGGUGCACUGAUCCUGGAGAUCAAGCAAAAGAAGAAGAAGCUACUGUUUCAAGUCCAAAUGGACGACAAUCUUCUUCAUUGAUUCAUAAAAAUACUAAUAAAUUACCACCAUUAGAACUAAAUAAAGAACUUGAAGAUUGGAUAUGGCAAGAUAAUAUGCAUUUUUUACAAGACAAAAAUAUAUUUGAACAUACAUACUUUACAUUUAUGUGGCAAAUAUGUGGAUAUAUACCACAAACAUUAUUCUCUAUACAAUCUGAUAUAACAGAAAUGUCAGCAGACCUUUCAACAUCGUUUUUUAUGGAGACUUUUAUUCAUGCCAAGGAAAAACCAACAAUGGUGCAGUGGGUAGAAUUGUUAACAAAACAAUUUAAUGGUUCAGCUGGUGCAUGUGCUAGAUUUCUUGAAAAAAUGGCUGGAGAUUCAUGGUGGCCAAUUCAAAUUCUAGUCAAAUGCCCUAAUCAAAUGGUAAGACAAAUGUUCCAAAGGUUAUGUAUUCAUGUGAUACAACGUUUGCGCGCUACUCAAGCACCUUUAUAUCUUCUUUGUGAUGAAGAAAAUGACGUAAAUACGGUUGGCACACGAUCAUGCGUGACAAGAUUUGUAAGAAUGCUUUUGUCUCUUAUGGAACAUGCGAAACAACAUUUGAAACAUCUUACUGAAUAUUUCAGUUUUUUAUAUGAAUUUAGUAAAAUGGGUGAAGAAGAAACGUUAUUUCUAAUAAGAGUACAAGCUAUAUCAACUAUGAUAAAUUUUUAUCUUGGACACAAAACACAUGAAUUUGUUGAUGCAGUUAGUGAAGAAGAAGAGGAAGAAGAAGUUGUUGCUAUGCCAACAGAAAAGUUGAGACCUGCUUCUUUAGACAAAAUGAUUACCUUAAUAGCAACUUUAGUUGAACGUAGUAGAGGAUCUGAUCAUAGAUUAUCAUUGUCUCCAAUAGAUCUUAGUGCUGUAGCAGGAGGUAAAGGGUUCCCUUUUUAUAUCAGCAAACACGAGAUGUCAUUAAUCUUAAUCAAACACGAAACUUGAUACAAUCUUUAUGUCGUUGGAAUGAUAGAUUAGCAAUACAUAUUAUAACAAUGAUAUUUCAAGCUAUAACAAAACA